CAAUCUACCAUCUCACCCUAAAAGCCCGAGGCCCGGCCGGAGGGAAGCCGUGGAACGGGAGAGAGCAGAAGCAGCAGGAGCACGAAGGAAGGGAGAGAAGGGCGGGAGAAGGAGAGAGAAAGAAGGUCGGCAAUGGCGGGGAACAGCGGCGAGCAGGACGAGUUCUACCUGCGAUACUACGUCGGGCACAAGGGAAAGUUCGGGCACGAGUUCCUGGAGUUCGAGUUCCGCCCCGACGGCAAGCUUCGCUACGCCAACAACUCCAACUACAAGAACGACACCAUGAUCCGCAAAGAGGUCUUCGUCACCCCCGCGGUCCUCCGCGAGUGCCGCCGUAUCAUCGCCGAGAGCGAGAUAAUGAAGGAAGAUGACAACAACUGGCCUGAGCCAGACCGGGUUGGGAGGCAGGAGCUGGAGAUUGUGACGGGAAACGAGCAUAUCUCCUUCACCACAUCUAAGAUUGGAUCCCUUGUAGAUGUGCAGUCCAGCAAAGAUCCAGAAGGGCUUCGCAUCUUCUAUUAUCUUGUCCAGGAUCUUAAAUGCUUCGUGUUCUCUCUAAUUUCACUGCACUUCAAGAUAAAACCCAUCCAAUCCUAAUUGCUGGAAGGGUUAUUUUUGCAUCUUUAGUAUUGAACUCCGCUUCAUGUGCGAGGAUGUGCACAAUUAGUCUAGUGAGGUACUCAUCACAGGCAUCCUUUGGAAUUGGGUUUUUCCAGCUGGUUAAUUUUACGGUAUGCUUCAUUAAGCACAAAUAUAAUCAGCAAGGCUUAUUGUAACUUUUUCUCUGCAUGCUUUGAUUUGUCCUGUAAUAUCCGUAAAGCCUGAUUGUUGCAAAGUGAUGAACAAUCCAUUGUCUGGUGCUCUUUUUUUGUGCUGUGUCUAUCAACUCAAUCAUCACUAUCUGUAUCCCAGUAGCCUAAAAAUGAUGUAAUUUGCCAGGUGAGGUCUUUAGCAAGUCAAGCUUGCCUGUAACUGAUACCUCCGUUUUUUAUUCUGUAGUCUCCAUUAGUUCAGUUCUGGUAAAAAAAAUGUUAAUGUCGA